UGUUUUGAACUCACUGCAUCCAAUAAGCCCGUACCACCACCCUACAGCCCUCCAUGCACCCUGCAGACACCGCCAGCCAAGCCAUAUUAACCCCAUAAUCUCAGAGGAAUCAGCGAUAUAUUCUCGGAUAAUGUACUAUCAUUGUGUGUCCCUGCUGCCCUGUGUUUAUUACUGACAUUGCUCUAAGCCGGAGAAUAGAGGGAGAAAAGGGCGGAAGAAGAAAGAUGGAGGCGCAGUUGCCAUGGGGGGAAGAAGGUUUGGAAGACGAUGAGGAAGAAUUGGAAGAUCCGGAGGUGGAAAGUUCUGUGAGAGCAGUUGCAUCAGGAAAGGCCGGCACCUACCUGACCAAAAGGGGCAUCACCCUGCGGGUUCUGUUAAAGGAUGGUUUGAUAGAGGCUGGGCAGGGGGUUCUGUCCAUACAUUAUCUGGGCAAGAAAUUCAUGGGUGACUUACUGGUGGAUGGUAAAAUCAGAUGGCAGGAGAAUGGACAGGCAUUCAAUUCUCCAAGUGCGUGGGCUACACAUUGCAAAAGGCUUGUUAACCCUGCCAAGAAAUCUGGCUGUGGUUGGGCGUCCGUUCGAUACAAAGGCCAGAAACUUGACCAGUACAAGACGGCUUGGCUAAGACAGCAUCAGCCUCAUGGACCAGCGGUUGAAGUGCAGAGCCCACUGAGUGAGGGAGAGGAAGAUGACCUGCUUGAAGAGGAGGAAUAUGAAGAAUCGCGAGACUGGAAAGGGAGUACGAUGGAACAAGCCGUAGUUCGAAAACCGCAGGGUAAAGGUGGUGUGGAGCAUGGACAGGCGCAGAGAAGCAGUUUAUGUGAAAUGCGAAUUCCUGUGAAAUAUGCUACUUUAGGGAGCCGGGAUUCAGCGAGAGACCCUCACACCCUUGUUGAAGUGACCUCUUUUACAGCCAUUAAUAAGUUCCAGCCAUUCCAUGUAGCCAUCUCCAGUAACUCUCUCCUGCUUCUGGAUUUCCACAGUCACCUAACAAAAAGCGAGGUAGUGGGAUACCUGGGGGGACAGUGGGAUACCAACAACCAAAUGCUGACUAUACUUCGAGCCUUCCCUUGCCGUUCCCGUUUAAAAGAUACAGAGACUGCUGCAACUACAGAAGAGGAGAUUUGUCAGAGUCUCUUUUUGAGAGGUCUAUCCCUUGUUGGUUGGUACCAUAGUCAUCCUUUCAGCCCAGCCCAGCCAUCACUGCAGGACAUUGAGGCACAAAUGGAUUAUCAACUCAAGUUACAGGGCACAGAGAAUAGCUUCCAGCCUUGCCUGGGCCUUAUCUGUGGGCCUUACUUCCAUGGGAACCCAGGAAUUCAGUCGUCUAUUUGUCCAUUUUGGGUGAUGCCACCAGCUGAAGUGAGUAAUAUUAUUUUGCAGGGGUGCUGGAUAAAUAUGGAAACAAGCGAUUUGACCUUGUUCUGCCCUUUCCAGCACAGGCCAAAUGAUUAUGGAAUUCCUAUGGAGGUGGACGUGACAUACAUCGAAGACAACUUUCUGACCAAUGACAUCCUUCAUGAGAUGAUUAUGUUGGUGGAUUUCUAUAGAGUGGCCCCCGACCUCAUUCCCUUCCAGGACAGGUGGAAUGAGGAGAAAACCUACCUGGAGAAAUUAAAGGCUUCACUAUCAAGUCGAAUGCCCAAGGACCAAGGUUUUGGGCCUGUUCUGGACCAAGUUUACAUGCUGCUUAGCUAACCCUGCUGGUGUUUUGUUCAACAUGAAUUUCUAACUCUCUCUCCCCUUCCCCAUGUCACCCUGGCAGUCACGUAAAUAUGCUUUACAACGGGACUCAAGAUUGUCUACACUGUCAUUUUACUCCACUCACUAUCAGCAAGAAUAACUUACUGAGUUUACACAUGAACUUUAAGUCCCUAUACAAAAACAAAAAACAGGCACAGUUGUUAGGGUUUUGUUCUAAUAAACAGUCUUUGUU